UCCGACUGUUUGACCAUCUAUUUGUGUAUAUCUCUCACUCGCUUUCAUCAUGGCCAAAAUUCAAAGAAGAGGCCAGAAGGGUGCGGCCAAAAACUACAUCACCCGUACCCAGGCUGUGCGCAAACUGCAGAUUUCACUACCCGACUUCCGUCGCCUGUGUAUCUUCAAGGGAAUCUACCCUCGCGAACCCCGUAACAAGAAGAAGGCAGCAAAGAACUCACAGGGCGCCAACCAAGCCACCACUUUCUACUACACGCGCGACAUCCAAUACCUCCUCCAUGAGCCCCUCCUCAACAAGUUCCGCGACCACAAGGCUCUGGCCAAGAAGAUUGGUCGUGCUCUGGGCAGAAAUGAGAUCUCCGACGCAAACCGCAUGGAGAAGAACCUCACCCCCAAGAUGACCCUCGACCACAUCAUCAAGGAGCGCUACCCUACCUUUGUCGACGCCCUCCGCGACCUCGACGACUGUCUCAGUAUGCUCUUCCUGUUCGCCAACCUCCCUUCGACCGAGACUGUGCCGCCCAAGACCAUCCAGCUUUGCCAGCGCCUCACCCACGAGUUCGAGCACUACCUGAUCCGCAGCAACAGCUUGCGCAAGAGUUUCCUGUCCAUCAAGGGCAUCUACUACCAGGCUACAAUCCAGGGUCAGGACAUCCUCUGGCUCGUCCCUUACAAGUUCGUCCAGCGCGUUACUGGCGAUGUUGAUUUCCGUAUCAUGGGCACCUUUGUCCAGUUCUACACAACCCUCCUCGGCUUCGUAAACUACAGACUUUACACCAGUCUUGGUCUGGUCUACCCUCCCAAGUUCGACGCAAAGGCCGACGAGCACGGCGCUGAGUUGGCCGCUUUCGCCAUCGAGGGUCGCAACGUCGCUGCUGCUCUGGACGACAAGGUUGAGCAGCCCGCCGCUGCUCCCAAGCAAGUCUCCGCUACCGCUCAGGCCGAGGCUGACAAGCUCUUGGAACUGCCAUCCGGCGAGGAACCCACCAGCUCAUACGCCACCGCACAGGAGAACCCCUCAUCAAACCCCAAGGACGAAGAAGAGGAGGACAGACAAGAUGGAGAACUCGACUCUUUCCCUGCACCCAUCGACCCCGAGUCAGACGUUCUGCACCAGCCUACCGUUUCUGCGUCAACAGCAGCCAACCUUUUCGAGCCUUUCACCAUUUACCUUUCGCGCGAGACUCCCCGUCACCCUCUCGAGCUCAUUCUCCGUGCCUUUGGCUGCAAGCGUGUGGCUUGGGACACUGUUUUGGGCGAGGGCGCAUACACUUCCGAUGAGGCCGACCGCCGCAUCACUCACCAGAUUGUCGACAGACCUAACCUGCCUCUUCCUCCUGUACCUGUCGAGGACGAGGAGACCGCUGCAGCCAACGCAUCUAUGCGUCUGAGACCUGGCGAGCGCGUCCCUGGACGUAUUUACAUUCAGCCCCAGUGGGUCUGGGACUGCAUCAACGCUGGUAAGCUGUUGAGAGCCGACCUUUACGCGCCGGGUGCUACUCUUCCUCCCCAUCUUUCGCCCUGGGUCAAGGCCAAGCAGGGCGAGUACGACCCCACCAAGCCUUUGGCCGAGCAGGAGAACGAGGGCGAGGCAUUGGCUGCCGAAGCCGAUUCAGAUGACGAGAUGGCUGACGAAAAUGCCGGUUCGGAUGGUGAGGAGGUUGAUGGUGUUCGUGGCGAUGGCGAGGCUCGUAACCUGGAGUCAAAACUUUUGCAGCAAGGCGGCAAGGAAGUCGUCACAGGUGAAGGCAUGGACGUCGAGCUUGCAGAGUCAGACGAUGACGAGGAUGAGGAGGCAGAUGCCGCAAAGGACGAGGAGUUUGGUGGCUUCACCGAGGACGAAGAGGAAUCCGAGUCCGAGGAUGAGGCAGCCCGCCAUCAGCGCGAGCUUGCCGCCGAGGCUGAUGGUCGUUCGCUCACAGCUGAUGCCGGUGCCACACCAGCCAAGGCUCUACGCAAGAAGGAGGCCGAGAAGGCACAGAAGGCCAUCUCACGUCAACGCAAGGAGGCACAAGAAGAGACCGACCGCCAGAAGAUGAUGAUGAGUCGUCGCAAGCGCAAGAUCUUCGAGAAGAUGCAAUACUCAAACGCACAGAAGGACGCAGAGGCCGAGAAGCUGAGAGGCAAGAGAAGAAAGAUCGAAAAGGGACAGGCCAAGAACUAAGUUUUGUGCAUGAGCAAGGUGUUUUGGUGUGGCUAUAUCGGUUGUCUUUUCUUCUUCAUGGGACAAAGGUUUUCAAUGCUGUGAUCAGAUAUCUGGCGUUUUGUAUAGGCAAAAAGUGGAACAAAAAUGCUAUCUAUUGAUCGAACCCAC